AUGGGUCACGAGGAGGAGCUGAGUUCGGACCAGGUGGAUCUGAAAGUAUCUCCUUUGGUGGGGUCCCUUCGACGGACUUGGAGUGACUUCUGCGCCACCAGCAGUAUCCACGGAUUGAGAUAUACCCGCGAUGAGGACACCAACCGAAUAGUGCACCUUGUGUGGCUGUUGAUUUCCUUGGUGAUGUUUAUUUGCGCUGUGGCUAUGGCGCACACCUUCUACAUGGACUACCGCAGCAGUCCCACCAGAAUGAAUGUGCAAAGUGAUCACACGCCGGUUACUAACCUCUAUUUCCCACCAGUCACCAUCUGCCCCGAUGUCCUCUUCAACAUGCAGAAGUCCAAGGCUUUUCUAAACACCAUACAACUCCCAAAAGGAACUGAGUUAAGUGGCAUUCUCCGGAAUCUACACAUUUUCUACGGUUUUAUGCUGGACGAUGAACGUUACACUGCCCAAGAUAUUGAACAAAUGGAGACGCUGCUCUCCAUCAACAAUCUGACCCUUCAACAAUUUGUGGAGCACCUUCGUUGGGAUUGUGAUGAAAUCCUUCAUCGCUGUCGAUUCAAUGGCGACAUAUUGGAUUGUUCGAAGAUUUUUCAGCUCUCCAAGACUUUCUUCGGUCACUGUUGUUCAUUUAAUUUGCGACAGAAGGGUCUGAACUUUACAGCCCAACGAGCCAUUGGGGGUCUUAAAUACGGCCUUUCGGUUAUUGUUAGGUAUAAAGACGACAGCUACGAUCCAGUGCAAUCGUAUUCCUAUGGCGUAAAGCUGCUAAUCCAGGAAGUAGAUGCCUUUCCCAGUGCCCAUGCUGCUGCAAAGUUCGUGGCCUUCAACACGGAGACUUUUGCCGCCCUCAGACCCCAAGAAACCUUCUGUUCGGCGGCUGUCAAGGCUCUUACGAUUGAGGAGAGGAAUUGCAUUUUCCAGAAGGAGUUUCCCCUGAGGUACUUUUCCGACUAUGUUUACCCCAACUGCGAGCUGAAUUGUAGGGUCACGAAUAUGGUUAAGUUUUGUGGCUGCCACACGUACUUCUUUGACUUCAAUCGGACCGAAGAUAGGAUUUGUACCUUCAGGGAUAUACCCUGUCUGGUGGAUAAUUUUGCUAAUAUAAUAACCAGGAAAAAGAGCACGCAGUGCUAUUGUCCCCUUACCUGUGAACACUUUGAUUACGAUGUCCAGGUAUCCAACUUUCCCCUAGAACUCAACAUGCCAGUGCCAGAUAAGUUCUACUCUGGUUUAGCCAAAAACGACGGAGUAUUGCAUAUAUUUAUCAACUCCUUCAGCUAUCGUCGCCUACGUCGUGACUUGCUUUCCAAUAUGGUUACUUUGGUUUCUAACCUAGGCAGCGCCUUCAGUCUUUUUGUAGGAAUGAGUAUGCUCUCCGUGGUGGAGAUUAUCUACUACUUUUCAGUCAUCCUUCGCAAGAACUAUAAAAUAGAAUGCGAAACACGCAACAAGAUGCUUCAUAAGAGACCAAAGUUCGCAAGGCCCAAAGUAAAUGACUCCCACAGUAAACACCAGAAAUCAGUUUUCAUAAUUCACAAAUCGUAA